ACACAAAUAGGCUGGAGGAAAACAGACGAGGGGAAAGAGGGGCAAGCAGGGGAGAGAAAAAAAAAAUCAUCGGACGCUGAAGAAUCCAGUCUGCCAUUUCCUUGAACCAUAAUCUGAUUUGUGGACUCUGAAGCCAGAGAAAGAGAGACAAACAGAGGGGGAAGAAGAGGAGGACCCAUCUCUUCCACCCCCUCCUCCUGUUUGCCCGAGCCACAGGGAAAGGCUUCACACACACACACACACACACACACACACACAAACGAAAGGCAGCACACAGGGCUAGGCCGCAAGUCAUUAGUUCUUGGUGGGCAAGCACUGACAAAAGGUUGGAGGGAGAAGCCCGCAUGAGUGCCUGGAGAGCAACCACAGGAACUACAGAGAGCUGAGCAGAGCGACACUCUCCUGCAUUCUUCAAUUUUUUUUGUGUGUGUGUGUGCGCGUGUGUGGACGAGAGGAAGGAAGCGGCGCAGAGGACACCGUUACAACCGAGCACUCGUGCCACAGCAAGCAGAGAAAGAGAGGGCACUUCCUCGUGUUGAGGAUCUGCCGCUCGUGCUGUGUGUUGUCUGUAGCGGGAGGCAGGCAGUCCACGUCGCCUCGUCAUCCGCUGCUGCUGCUGCCGCUGCAGCCGCAGCUGGCGUCCUUUCAAACAGCUCCACGGCCACACGGAAGCGAUGUUGUUGUUGUUGUUGUUGCUGCGUGGACAUCGGCUCAAUCUGGAAUAUCUCCACGACGGGUCGCAAUGCUGCUGCUGAGGGGGACGCGGCAGAAUAGAAGAGCUGUGUCAGCCUCGCUGCAUGGAAGGAGGAACUAGAGCAGAGAAAAGGAUUUCUGUUCCAGCGAGGGAAGCCAUGCACACAGCACAUCACCGCUCGCUCUGAGGGUUCCCUUGGCCGAAGAGAACAGCCCGUCGGACCGGGGCAGCGCCGGAGCAGGCUAGUCUGUGACCGUCUCAGAAAACUGGCCUAAAGAAGAGGACGAGGGAGCACACGGGAGGCUACCGGACGGAUAAGAGGAGAAGAAAAGGAGGAAUUGAAAUCCACAGGCGUGCAAAACUAAAAGUUGCCACACUGAGACUAUUUCCAGGUCAUAGUGGAGUGGGAGGAGAUUGAAGUGCUCUUGUUUUUUUUUCCCCUUCUGCUAAACACCCUCCUCCUCAAAGCUUUUUUUUCCUCUCUCAUUGACAUCUUUCUUAUUUAGCUGGAGGACUUUUUUUUUCUCCCCCUCAAAUAAUCUAGAGAGUUAAUUAACAAAUGAGAGCAAGCAGAAAAUACUGAUUAUCUCCAGGUGAGGAGGAGGAGGAGGGAGGGUGAAGCACAAGGUCCGGACUUUUUCAUAUUUAUGUUACCUUGACAGCAUCCAGGUCUCUUGGCUGCCUGUCCCCAUUUUCUUCUGCGGUGGUUCGGUAACCAAGCGAUGGCCAUGGUGAGUGGGGGCUGGGGAGAUCCCAAUGGGGGCACCAACGGGUUGGGGGACAAGGGAUACCUGAGGGGGGAGGAGGAGGACGGCUCUCCCCAGGCGGGAGGCAGCGACAUGGAAGCCGGGGACGACGACAAGGCGUGCGUGGUGGACUGCGUGGUGUGCGGGGACAAGUCCAGCGGGAAACACUACGGCGUGUUCACCUGCGAGGGCUGCAAGAGCUUCUUCAAGAGGAGCGUCAGACGCAACCUCAGCUACACCUGCAGGUCAAACAGAGAGUGUCAGAUUGACCAGCACCACAGGAACCAAUGCCAGUACUGUCGCCUGAAGAAGUGUUUCCGCGUUGGCAUGCGGAAAGAAGCAGUUCAACGCGGUCGCAUCCCACCGCAGCCGAGCCUCAGUCCCUCCAUCACUCCCAUAGGCGGCGCCAGCGGCCUCGGAGGUGGCGAGUUUUACAACAACAACAACGGGGGGAGCGGUGGGGGUCAGCCGGUGUCGGAGCUCAUUUCCCAGCUGCUGCGGGCCGAGCCGUACCCCAGCAGUCGCUAUGGUCACCAGUACAACCAGCAGGCCGGUCCUGAUAACGCUAUGGGCAUCGAUAAUAUCUGUGAACUGGCUGCCCGGUUGCUCUUCAGCACAGUGGAGUGGGCCAGAAACAUCCCUUAUUUCCCUGAGCUGCCUGUGUCGGACCAGGUGGCCCUGCUGAGGCUGAGCUGGAGCGAGCUGUUCAUCCUCAACGCGGCCCAGUCGGCCCUGCCGCUCCACAUGGCCCCACUGCUGGCCGCCGCCGGCUUCCACUCCUCGCCCAUGUCGGCGGAGCGCGUGGUGUCCUUCAUGGACCAGGUGAGGGUGUUCCAGGACCAGGUGGACAAGCUGACCAGGCUGCAGGUGGACUCUGCUGAGUACAGCUGUCUCAAGGCCAUCGCUCUGUUCUCACCAGACGCCUGUGGUCUAACAGACCCAGUCCACGUGGAGUCUCUGCAGGAGAAGGCUCAGGUGGCUCUGACGGAGUACGAGAGGAUGCAGUACCCGAGUCAGCCUCAGCGCUUCGGCCGCCUGCUCCUACGCCUGCCCGCCCUUCGCGCCGUCCCCGCCAGCCUCAUCUCCCAGCUCUUCUUCAUGCGCCUGGUAGGAAAGACACCCAUCGAGACGCUGAUCCGUGACAUGCAGCUCUCCGGAAGCUCAAUCAGCUGGCCGUAUGUCCCAGGACAGUAGCUCCCCGACGGGCGAGGUCUCCGCCUGGGAUCAGUGACGACAAACACCCACAGGAAACCUCCUGACUCAUCACUAUCCAUCUGUGUGGUUAUCAAACUCAAGUGCCAGCUGGCCGUCAUAUGUACUGUACUGUAACCGCUCAAUUCCCCCUCAUGAAACGAGCCCUCAGUCUCCACACGGGCCUCCAGAGAAGAGAGCAGCCUGUGCCAGGCUGGAGCUGUCUCGCCGCCAGCCCAGCCAUUCUGGUGCCAGGUCUCGGGCCAAAAAGCAGCUCGUCACGCUGGGCUCCGAUAUGGCCGCCCAGGCCAGUCAUGCCACCACCCACAUGUCACAGUGACUAAAGACACUGCAGUUUUCGUGUAGAGGGCAGCAGCACCCUGCUACAAGACAUCUAGAGGACAAAACUGUCCCGCCACUGGAAGUCAGCGGAACCAUUUUUUCCCCCCACACACAGGGCUCAUUUUCCACAGCUCACCAUUUGUGAUACAAUGACCUUUUCAACCACAUAAGUGACGAUAAAGACUCAUGGCUUUAAUGGAUCUGAGUGAACAGAGCGAGGCGGCAGAAAGCUGCAGGCCUCGCUGUUGAGGGGAAAAUUCUGAACUCACCCACACUGAGGAAGGAGCCAAGGAACGGCUAAGAAAGGGACAGAAAUGAAAUGAAACCAAGGGAAAAUCACCAAAGUCUAUCAUUUCAUCCUCAGAGAUGGUUUCUCAAUAGAAUAAUCAGUACACAAAGGAGAGAAACUGAGACUCUUGUGACUGCUCGACCAUCAGGAGAACAGUGCAUUCAUCCAUAGGGCUCACUGUUGCUGUAGUUGAAGAUUAAAAAAAAAAAAAAAAAACAGUUACAGAGAACGGACUAAUACCUCACUAGACAUCAGAAUGCUUUAGUCUGAUAUUUCCUAAACACAAACCUCUGUAGGUUUUUUUCACCAGAAACCGCCUUCUUUUUGACAACUGCCUUCUUAUUCAGUGCAAAUUUGGGACAAGAGCAUCACAAGCAUUUGUCUUGUAUCUUUUUUGGGGAAAAAAAAAAAAGAUCUCCAAAGUGAUUUUCAGUUGUCCUUUGAAUAUGAUUUAACUGAUCAGAUAUUGUGCAUAGUUUGGAUUUUUUUUUUUUUUUUUUUUUUAAUUGAGAAAUGGCAGGCUGAUACGGAUAUUUGGGUUCAACUAUAAGAUACCGUUUAAUAAAAUAAGGACUGGCAAAUGUAGCUGGUGAUCCGAGAGUUUCUAAACCAACACUACCAGUUAAACACCGGUUUACAUUAGUUAAGACUGUUUCUGGGGGUUUCUGGAUCUCUUGAAAAUGUAAUUAAAUGUGUGUGUGUGUGUAUAUAUAUAUUGAGGCCAACUUUUGUCUUUUUGCAUGUUCAGAUGUUGUUUUGGAUCUCUACGUUGAAAAUGUUUCCUUCUUUAACAUUAUGUAAUUCAAAGUUCAUUUAAACAUUAAAAUAUUGCUUUCACUGGUAGCUCCUAAAUGUUUUUCCCUACUUGUAUUUUACAUGAAAAUACCUCUGUCAUCUGCUCAGAUGUCAAAAAAAGAAGCUCAUCUUAAUGCCAUUUAUUUUAUUUUAUUUGUUCCAACUUAUAUGAGACAGAGCUUUUCAUUGCUUUUCAUUUGAUGUGAGACGAUGUGUCAGUGGAUGAGAUUCUGGUGGAAAGACUGCACUUGGAGGAUAUUCAAUGCCAAAACAUAACGCUGUCUGUCUGUGACGGGUUGAAAGGAGAUGGGCCCCGAUUCGCUGGUCCGCCAGGAUUUACCUCACGCACGUAUUUCGAGAAGCAAGUUUACAACCUCCCAAGUCUUUUAAAGGAAAGAGUAAAACUUAACCCAAAUCCGUAAAUUGGAAGACGUAACUCUGCUUCUUGAUCUACUGCCGGGCCUUUUCUGAAGCUAUUUGGAUUUUCUUCCUUUUUUGUCAUCUAUUUGCACCACCAUGUUGUAGAGAAUAAUAAUUAAAAAAAAAGAUAAAUAUACUAUUAAUGCUUUCUUAUCUUUGUGUUACUGAGUUUUUCAAUUUCAUGUGUAUGGCGACGUUAUUAAAAGAAUCCAACUAUGACGAUGAGUCCUUUUACGUUUGUUUUUUUCCUACUACUUGAAAUCAUGUUGUAAUUUCAUCUGUAUGAAGAAUGCCAAAUAAACACUGCAACGUGGA